AUGGCUGCCGAGCUGAGGGCCGGCGGAGUCAUGAGUCUCCCUUUGCAGAACGUUCUAGAACACGAGGCGAUCCCUGGCGCGAAACUCAGGGAGGGAUCCCAAUUGGGGCUUCUGGAAUCCGAAGGGGAACGGGUGGUCCCUCGCGUCAUCCAGGUUGGGACCAUUGGGGAGCUUCUGGGAUGGGUGCCCCCCCAAGAGUUGACCCAGGGGUCCGAGGAAGGCUUGGCGCAACGCUGGGAAACUCAGUGGCAGGAGGUCCUAAAGGCCGUGCAGCCCCUUCCCUCCGGGUGGGGAAGCCAACAGCCGUCGAAACCGUUGCUGUGGGGCUCUUGUGAGGCCGUGACGGUUGCUGGCCAGUGGCCCAGCGGAGAUGGAGUCACUCAGCUUCUGGUGAGCAAUGGCAGAGGAGCUCCAGGAGCCUUUAGCAAUCCGGUCGCUGGAGAAAACAGGACGUCGGAGAAAGAGGCCGUGGGAAAGGACGACACUGGCACCGACGUGCAGGGCAGACAUUUCGGGCAGUUUGGCUACCAGGAAGCCGAGGGACCCCGAGAGGUUUGCAAGAAGCUCCGGGAACUCUGCUGGCAGUGGCUGAAGCCGGAGAGGCACACCAAGGAGCAGAUCCUGGAGCUGGUGAUCUUGGAGCAGUUCCUGACCAUCCUGCCUCCGGAGAUGCAGGGCUGGGUCAGGGCCCGUGGGCCUCAGGCCUGUUCCCAGGCAGUGGCCCUGGCCGAAGAUUUCCUCAGACGCCAGCAACCAGAGGCCGAGGUAAAGGUGAGAAAGUUUUAAGAUUUUAUUUUAAAUCAUUUUGAUUUGAUUUUCAAAAUGUAAAAUUAGAACAAUCCAAAUGUAUAUCCAUAUACGGUGGUACCUCGGGCUACAGACGCUUCAGGUUACAGACGCUUCAGGUUACAGACUCCGCUAACCCAGAAAUAGUACCUUGGGUUAAGAACUUUGCUUCAGGAUGAGAACAGAAAUCGUGCUCCGGCAGCAGCAGGAGGCCCCAUUAGCUAAAGUGGUACCUCGGGUUAAGAACAGUUUCAGGUUAAGAACAGACCUCCAGAAUGAAUUAAGUUCUUAACCCGAGGUACCACUGUACAGAGAUUACUCUGAAUCUCAAGACUCUCCCCCCACCCCCUCCGUGGGUCCUGUUGUCAACAUUUACAGCUGCAUAUUAUUCCAUAGUCUAUAUUUUGUAUCACUCCAUACAAUGGUACCUCGGGUUAAGUACUUAAUUCGUUCUUUCAGAGCCAUCCAAGUUGGUGACUGUCGCAGCCUCCUGCGGCAGGGAGUUUCAUAGUUUGACAAUGAGCUGCAUAAAGUAUUAUUUUCUUUUAUCUGCCCCUGAAUCUUCCAACAUUCAACUUCCUUGGAUAUCCUUGCAAUUUACCAGCAUUUUGGAACCUGAGAUGCCCUUAACAAAUUCCCACUCAGCCAUGAUGCUGACUGCAUAAGCUUGGGCCAGCCGUUACCUUAAAGUCUAACCACCCUUUUGGGGUUGUUGUGAAGAUAAAUUGUGUGUGUGUGAAGAGGGAGAGAGAUGGGGGAGGCAGGCAGGCAGGCAGGCAGGCAGAGAGGGCACUGCUGCCCCAGGCUUCUUGGGGAACUAGCAAGAUUCAAUAAAAGGAAAACUAUCACAAUAAUACAGUGGUACCUCGGGUUAAGAACUUAAUUCGUUCUGGAGGUUCGUUCUUAACCUGAAACUGUUCUUAACCUGAAGCACCACUUUAGCUAAUGGGGCCUCCUGCUGCUGCCGCGCCGCCGGAACACAAUUUCUGUUCUCAUCCUGAGGCAAAGUUCUUAACCUGAAGCAAUAUUUCUGGGUUAGCGGAGACUGUAACCUGAAGCAUAUGUAACCCAAGGUAGCACUGUAUUGUCCAUAAUAAUUGUUUCACUACAAGUGAGUUUAAAAUCCUGCUCAUGUUUUCAUCUGCUUGCAAUGGUCUCCUAAAUAAUUUUUUAAAAAAUCCCAUUCCUUUUAUAAAGUUUUUGUCCUCUUGUUUCCUGAGCUUUCCAGUCCAUCAGCUCAGUUUGCCAUUCCUCUCUGGUAGGGACUCUGUCUUCUUUCCAUCUCUGGACUAGUAACAUCUAUGCAGCAGUUGUAUACAUAAAAUGUCUUCUUUGGAAUAUAAUUCCUAUAAUUCCUAAUAGAAAAGCUCCAGGUUUUUUUAACAAAAGUUAUUUUAAACAUUUUUUAAAAUUUCAUUAUAUAUCAUCUCCCAGAAAGAUUUUAUUAUCUUACACGACCACCACAUAUGAUAAUUUUUCUUUUUCUUUACAUUCCCAGCAGGUAUUUGCACUAGUUCUAUACAUUUUUGCUAACUUACUAGGAGUCAAAUACCCCUGGUACAUCAUUUUCAUAUAAUUUUCAGGGUACAGCAUGCUGUAAAUUUCAAAUCUGUUUUCCAUAACCUUUCCCAAUCUGCCAUCUGGAUAUUAUGUCCCAAAUCCUUUGCCCAGUGUAUCAUUGCUGAUUUGACCUGGUGGUCUUUUGAGAAAAUUUUCAGAUUUGAUCUUCCUCAGGGUGAGCCUGAGGGGGGUUUGCCCUCCUGACUCCAAGGCGUUGACUUGACGGGAAUGCUCUCUGCUCUUUUAGGCUCUGGGGAGACACGAGGAGGAGGUGAUUGUGGUCUCCCCUGAGGCCGAGUGGUCGCCAUUGGAGGGCAGCCUGGGUCCCAACUCAUUGGGUAUGUAUGAAUUGUAUGGAUCCCAUUGAUCCCAUUUAGAUUGUUUGCUCUCCAGUCUUGUUUGUGGGCUUCCCAUAAAGGCAUCUGUUUUUAUUUUUAUUAGGUAUUUUGUGGUUUUAUAUCUUGAUUUUAUUCUGGGGAGGGUGGGGUAUAAAUCAUCACCAUUAUUAUUAUUAUUAUUAUUAUUAUUAGAACCACCCUGAGACCCCCGGGUAUUGGGCAGCAUAUAAAUUCUAAUGAUGAUGAUGAUGAUGAUUUCUUGGCAGAAGAGACAAGCCAUAGAGAAGGAAACAGCUAGAGGAAUCUAGGAAAAUGCUAGCUGCUAGAGCAAAGUAAAUAGAGGCAUAACUGACCAGAAUAGCAGAGCAAAAGGCCUGUGAAAAUUGUGCAGCUCAUCCAAUGAGAUAAAGAGAGUCAGAUUUCUCUGAGCUUUAGAAGCUAAAAUGAGAGAGGGUGUUUAAGAUGUCAUGCAAAUGCCCCGUCAAAAUGUGGCCAUGUGGAAGCAGCAUUGGUGUCCAGCAGAGCUCUUUUGUAUAUUUUUAAAUACUGUGCAGUAAAAUCCAGCCUGAUCCUUCUGUUUCCUUUUCCUGUCCAGGGAAAGUGAACCUGGAUGGCUAUGCGGUCUCAGCUGGAGAAACAACUCUGAAUGGGAGCAAGCUGGGCCCUUUCCAGCGAGGAAGUCCCAGGCUACCGGUGAUGCUCGGGACGUUAUUGGGGCGGCCUGGUUCCCUCGAAAGCAGCUGCGAUCUGGAGCAGGAGAAUGAGACGGAGCCGCUGGAGAGGUGGGACGAAGCCACGCUCUGCAGCGAGGGGGUCUACGAGACCGUUGUGCGCUUGGAAGAACAUGGCCACUGGUGCCUCGAAUGCGGGGAAAGCUUCCAGGAUGCGUGGCAGUUGGAUAGACACCAGAAGACCCACACUGGCCGCAAGCGUCCUGAGUGCCCGGAAUGCGGGAAGAGUUUCCGGGAUAUCUCACAUGUCCUCCGGCACCAGACAGUCCACACCGGAGAGAAGCCGUAUUCCUGCUCCGAGUGUGGGCAGAGCUUCACCCAGAAGCCGGCCCUCAACAGACAUCUCAGAAAACAUCUGGAAGAAAAGAAUUACGCAGGUACGUACGCCGUAAUCAAUUUUGCGGGUGCCACAAAAGAUGAAUAUGAGGGAAUAGAAUCUGCACACACACAAAAUAUAAAGCUUUUCAAUAACUGCACAAACCCUGCAGCUCCAUGCAGAUUAUUGAAACUAUGCAACUUACAAUAGAAGAUGUAAUACAGUGGUACCUUGGUUCCUGAACGGCUUGGCUCCUGAACAAAUCGGCUCCUGAACGCCGCAAACCCAGAAGUGAGUGUUCCGGUUUGCGAAAGUUUUUCGGAAGUCGAACGUCCAAUGUGGCUUCUGAUUGAGUGCAGGAAGCUCCUGCAGCCAAUCGGAAGCCUCACCUUGGUUUUCAAACCAUUUUGGGAGUUGAACGAACUCCCAGAACGGAUUAAAUUUAAGAAUCAAGGUACCCCUGUAUUUGGAUUCCAACUUUGGUGUGUUGAUAUACUUAAUAGUGUUUGUUGUGGGGGAGGAAGGGAAAAGGAGAUUGUUAGCCGCUUUGAAACUCCUUAGGGUAGUGAUAAAGCGGGAUAUCAAAUCCAAACUCUUCUUUUUCUUCUUAAUAUUCCACAAUAAUAUGAAACCGCGGGGCUUCCCACAGGAUCAUCAGGAGCGUUCACCUUUCCGCAUUCUGCUAUGAAUAAUUGCAAGGGACAAAGUGAUUCCCUCUUGCUGUGUGAGAGAUAAGGAAAUGCCUCUUCUAAUAUUAUCUUAAGAAGAGGAAUUCCAUCUGUGUGUGUGAAAGAGAAAGGCAGAGUGCCUCUCCUAAAAUGACAGUGAAAGAAGUAUUAGGAGGAGGAAUGUCUGUUCUCAGAUGUUCCUGAUACUGUCCUCAUAAGAUACUGUAUUAAACAUAACCUUCACAGAAAAACAAAAUCUGCUGCCCAGUUAAUAAGAGACACCCUUUUUAGCUUGUCAAAAAUAUUUUUAUCCUUCUAUCUGUCUGUCUGUCUAUCUAAUCUACUGUAUUUACUUACUUAAUUUCUUACUUCAAGCAGGCUCGUACUCAAUAAUUCUCAGAAACCUAAAAACCAGUGCAGUUUUGAAAGGUUCAUUCUGCAACCUUGAUUCAAAAUGGCCUCCAAUUGGAGAGACGCAUAGACAAAAAACCCCUGCUUCCUUAUCUUGGGAACCAUCAUGCAACAUUUGUUUGUGAUCUCUUAAGAGGUGUCUAAAUAAACAGAAAACGAGUAACUUUCCAAAAUGUGUGGUAAUUUUCAAUUACGUAUGGUACACACACACUGCUUGGCACCAUAGUUUCCAUAAAAGUUUUGCAUCGGUUAAAAUUCACGUAAGCAAAUGACCUUAUUUAAACCUUGUGACGCUCCUUCCUCGUGCGGGAUCUCAUACUGCUCCCCACCUCUGGCCAAACAGGUGUCAGCGUCACCGUCCGACCCCCGAAGACGCUUGUGGGCCGCAAACGCCCCGAGUGCCUAGAGUGCGGGAAGAGUUUCCGGGACAUUUCGCAAGUCCUUCGCCACCAGACGGUCCACACGGGAGAGAGACCGUACACCUGCCUCGAGUGCGGACAGAGCUUCACUCAGAAACCCGCCCUCAGCAGACACCAGAGGAAGCACGUAGAAGGCAGCCACGGUGCAGGUAUGGGGCUGGGCUUACCCUCUGGGACCACAGCUUCCAGCCAGAGCCAGAUCUGGGUUCGGGGGAGCCCUUGGGCAAAGACCCCCUUUCAAUGUAUCUCCCUCCCUGCUGCCACUGAUGUCGCCCCUUCCCUGUUAGGACUAUUCACAUCACCUAGUUUCUGGUUCUUUUUUGAAGUAGGGGUGCCAGAGAUUGAACCGGGUGUGUGUGAGUCAACCUGAACAACAACAACAACAAGCGGCAGCAAUUUAUACCCCCGCCCAUCUGGCUGGGUUUCCCCAGCCACUCUGGGCGGCUCCCAACAGAAUAUUAAUAAUAAUAAUAAAGCGAUAAAACAUCAAACAUUAAAAACUUCCUAAUACAGGGCUGCCUUAAUAUGUCUUCUGAAAGUCAGGUAGUUGGUUGUUUCCUUGACAUCAGCUGGGAGGGCGUUCCACAGGGCAGGCACCACUACUGAGAAGGCCCUCUGCCUGGUUCCCUGUAACCUCACUUCUCACAGGGAGGGAACCGCCAGAAGGCCCUCAGAGCUGGACCUCAGUGUCUGGGCAGAACAAUGGAGGUAGAGAUGCUCCUUCAGGUACUGGGCCGAGGCCAUUUAGGGCUUUAAAGGUCAGGACCAACACUUCGAAUUGUGCUCGGAAAUGUACUGGGAGCCAAUGUGGGUCUUUCAAGACCGGUGUUAUAUGGUCCUGGCGGCCGCUCCCAAUCAACAGUCUAGCUGCUGCAUUCUGGAUUAGUUGCAGUUUCUGGGUCACCUGCAAAGGUAGCCCCACGUAGAGCGCAUUGCAGUAGUCCAAGCAGGAGAUAACCAGAGCAUGCACCACUCUGGCGAGGCAGUCCACAGGCAGAUAGGGUCUCAGCCUGCGUACCAGAUGGAGCUGGUAGACAGCUGCCCUGGACACAGAGUUAACCUGCGCCUCCAUGGACAGCUGUGAGUCCAAAAUGACUCUCAGGCUGUGCACCUGGUCCUUCAGGAGCACAGUUACCCCAUUCCGUACUCCAUCCACACCUGCCCGCCCCCCUGUCUCCCCAAAACAGUACUUCUGUGGUGGAGAUUUGGUCUCUUACUUGAGAGUGUUCAGGCCCUCUGCAUCGUCUCGAUGGGACAGCUGUGUGAUAUGCUGCUAGGUGCAGCAACUGAACAUAAAACGGUGGAUUAAGCAGAGAGGUGGAUCCAGCGUUUUGUGGUGGGUUAGGGUUUCAGAGUAGGACCUGAGUAACCAAUAUUCAAAUCCCCACUUACUCAUGAAGCUUGAUGGGUGACUUUGGGCCAGUCACACACAGGCACGCUCUCCUUCUCUCAGCCUAACCUCCCUUUUUUUUUUUUUUUUUUUGGAGAAAAAGGUGAGAUAUAAAUGCAAAUAAAUAAACCAAAGAGCUGGAAUCAUAGAAUCGAAGAGUUGAAAGGAACAGCCGUCCCAUACGGGGAUCAAACUUGCCACCUUGCCGUUAUCAGCACCAUGCACUAACCAAUAAGUCUCACUAGUGCAACAAGAUUUCCCCCUGUCCAUGCAUGCACAGAAACACCCCAAAAUGACUCUGUAGGAUUGGCAGGGCCCACCCAGAACAGCGUGUGGAGGGAGAAGAAACGCCUGCACCAAUAGAAUGAAAGCCAUUUGCAUGCUUUAAGAGGUUUGAAAAGGUCUUGGACAAAUAAUGAUAACGACAUGUUAUAAUAGUAUAACAGAUACAGAAACUUAUGGAAUACAGUGGUACCUCCGGUUAUGAAUGGGAUCCGUUCUGGAGGCCUGGCCAUAUCCCGAAGAUUUCGUUACUGGAGGACUCACUUCUGUGUAUGCAUGAGGUGCGCAGAGCGCUUCUGCGCAUGUGUAAGCGGCAAACCCGGGUUUGCCGCGUCCGCAACCUGAAGUUUACAUUACCUGAAGGUAAUGUAACCCGAGAGUCCACUGUAUACAGAAAUGGCAAAUCUUACCAGAAGAAUAAGAGAUCAAGAUAACAAACUUUUAAUAAAAGAAUGGAAAUGGUUUAUUGAAUAUUUACAAAUAAACUGUAAACAGAUAAGGACAUUGGCAUGAUUAUUGUAAUAACCUGAAGUUUUAUAUUUAAAGUAGAUGAAUAAAUGAGUAAAUUAAGUUAAUUUGGAACAUGUAGAAAAUACAAAAAAUAAAUUUAAGGAACCGCAGAAAGAGGGGGAAGGAAGACGAGUUUUGAAAUGUUAAAAUGAUUGUAAAAUUAUUGAAAUGUAUAAAAUUGAAAACCUUAAAAAGAGUAACAGAGACACUUACUUGCAGGUGCAACAUUUGUGUGUGUGCAUUUGUGAAAUAUAUUAAUUUCUUUAAUCCUUUCCCUAGCACGAGACAUGACAUCUGCUUGGAUUCUCUCUUUCUCCCUGCAGGUGACGGAAAAGUGUCUUCAAGCCAGGAAAAGGCCUGCAUGCAGCCAGGAUCCUUGCAGCCCAGCCUGUCAGCAGCAUCCCAAGAGAGCGUCGCUGGCACCUUCUCCAGCGGAUACUGGCCAGCGGGGGACUCUCCGUGGGGAGCUGCCCCAAGCCGGGUUGGGGCUGCCACCAAAGCUGCCCGAAAAAAGCUGAGCCGCAGGGGGCAAAAAAACCACUGGUGCUUCCUCUGCGCAAAAGGCUUCCGGGACAAGGCGGACUUGGUGAGGCACGAGAGGAUCCACACGGGUGAAAAGCCCUACUCGUGUCUGGACUGUGGGCGGCGGUUCAGCUACACGUCGAGUUUGUACAAGCACCAGCUCAUCCACCGGCAGCCCAUCAAUCUAGAGUUGAAACGGGGGACCCAGGAGGACUUAAACCACGGGCAAAACGGUGUUGCGCACCCCCAGGCGGCUGGGGAGGAAGGGGCGUUGGGCAACGGGGUGAAGGUCGAGGACUGCGAAGGGGAGCCUUACGCUGGGAAUGUGGUGCUGUUAGCAGGGGGAGCGGCAGAGAGGUGA